AUGCCGAAGCCCCGCCGCGGCGCUGCCCUCGCGCCCGAGGGCGUCGAGGUUGUGCCGCACCCGCUGCGCGUGCGCCCGAUGGGGAGCCUGCUCUUUGCGGACGACCGGCGCAGCCUCCGCGAGGAGCCGGGUGCGCUGGGUGCUCUGGCUUUGCUGCCGGACGAGGUGCUGAUGCAGAUCCUCUCCAGCGGCGGUGCGCGCGAGCUCGCGUGCUGCGCCUGCACCUCACGGGCGAUGCGAGUCCUCGCGCUCUCCGAGGACCUCUGGAAGGCGUGCUGCCUCGAGGAGGAGAUGGCGCCGGGCGAGUGGCUGCGCUACGACCCAGGCGGCUGGCGAUGCACCUACCGGCGGCGGCGCGGCUUGCCCGCGGCGCCGGCCGCGUCGCUCGGGGCCACACACUACUACUACUCGGACGUGCUGUACGCGCCGUGGCACUGCGGUACGGCCGCCAUCCCUCCGCGCUGGUCUCGCUUUGAGAAUGUGCCUCGGGUCGCGGCGAGCGGGCUGAGCGUGGAGGAGUUCGCGGCCCGCUUCGAGGCGCCCGGCCAGCCGGUCAUUCUGACCGGCUUGGCGAGCGGCUGGCCCGCCGCUGCCAAGUGGACCGAGGCGGCGCUUCGAGACCGGUUCGGCGAGAGGCACACGAUGAGCCUGCCCGCCUUCUUCGACUACUGCGCGAGCAACGCAGACGAGCAGCCGCUCUACCUCUUUGACAAGCGCUUCGCAGAGACGUCCGCCGCCGGCGGCGGCGCCGAGCCGGGCCUGGCUGCGGACUACGCCGUGCCCGCCUACUUCAGCGCAGAUCGCGACCUUUUUGCGAAGCUGCCGGGAGGCUGCCGGCCGGACCACCGCUGGCUCAUCGCGGGCGGGACGCGGUCCGGCUCUCGGCGGGACGCGCCGCCUGCCGGAGUGACGCCGAGCGCGGACGGCGCCAGCCUCACCUCGCCCGUCUCGCUGUACGAGUGGUUCCGCGUCUUCUACUCGUCGCUGGCCGAGGCGCGGGGCGGCGGCGGCGGCGGCGGCGGCGGCGGCGGGGCGGCCGCGCUCGAGGCGACGGUGGAGGAGGGCGAGGUGCUCUUUGUGCCGUCGGGAUGGUGGCAUUGCUGCCUCAACUUGGAGCCGUCGAUCGCAAUCACAGGGAACUAUGCUCCGCGCUGCCACGCAGCGCGCAUUUUGCAGUACCUUCGCGCGGGCGACGAGGCGGGCGACCUUGUUUCGGGCGUGCCGCAUGAGCUGCGCCCCCGCCUCGCCGGCGAGUUCGAGGCGGUGUUGCGCACCCACCACCCCGAGGCGCUCGAAGGUGGCGAGGGGGGCCAGCCGCGCCAGGACGGCGGGGACAUCACCCCACAGGCGGCGCGGCCCUCUUGCGCCGCCGUCAUGGGGCGGGAGCCGCAGGCGGAGUUCCGGUUCGAUUUUUGA